UAGCGAAACACACACUCCCUCCUCUCUCCUUGUUAUGUCUUUCCACACUGCACAUGGUUACUCUGCUCUUCUGACUCUGAAGGGUAAGAAACAGCAUGUGAUAGAUGUGCUGCUCCAUGCUCACUGACUCUAACAUGUAGCACAGCUGCUGUGUGCAUGCAGUCUUCAGCUCUGGGUUCAGCUGAAUCCAAUCUGAAUUAGAGUGGAAUUUUGCUUUAGAUACAAACAAGGCUUCAAGCCUUUUUAUCAAGCUUUGACGUGAACCAGCUUUUGGGACAAGAAUGCUAAAGUCUGCUGCUGGAUUGUAAUUGAAGACACUUCUGCAGUUGUAUACUCAGCUAGAAAACAAAGAGCGUGGGGAGAGUGAUAGUUUCUACAUCUGAUCUUUACCAGCUUUACUGGGGCAGCUUAACACAGUCAAUAUGAAGGAGAGCUAUGGUGGAUACGAGAACCAGCUCUUCAAAGAGGAGGAUCUGACCGGGGAGGAGGAGGAGAUGCCUCCCUUUAGAGGAAGGACCCGAGGAGGCUGUGUGAAAUGCCAGCAGACUCAUUCGCUCCAGUUGGCCGUCAGAGUUCUCUAUGGCUUCUUUGCCUUCAUUAUCAUCUCUGUGGCUGUCUUGGCUUCUUUGGUUUUCAGGAAAGUCGACAACUUAUCUGAAGAUGAACUGCUUUACCACAAAAAGAUUGCCAAGGUCCAACAAAGCAUACAAGAUUACAGCACUAUGAACAACUGCUCGGAGUGCUACGAUGCGGCCCGCUUCCGUGAAGAAAUUGCGAAGCUCAAGAAGGAAUUUGAAGACAUCCAAAAGAUGGUUCUGAGUCAAGAGCAGGUUCUGGACCAGACCUCUCAAUCUCAGAAGACUCUGACACAGUCCAACAGCAGGAUGGUGAGAGAAGUUCAGGCCUUUGGAGUUACCAUGCAGCGAGUAAACCAGUCUCUUGAACAGUAUCUUAAUCAGGUAAAUGGCUGGCAGGCUGUGAUCAACGAGACUGAUUUGGGCAUGAAGACCCUGGUCCAGGAUCAGUAUGAUUUGAAGGCUACGAUGCAGCAGGUCAACACCACUGUGGCACUCAGCGCUAACUGGAUCGACGCUCUUCAGAGGAAGGCAGAGGAAGAGACGUUAGUUCUGCAGAAGAUGACCGUAGACUGGCAGAACUACAGCCGAGCGCUUAGUACCCUGAAGUCCAGCUCCACCUCCACCACCCAAACAAUGCGGAGCCUCCAGAACAGCAUCUCCGCCACAUACCAGCGGAUCAGCAUGAGCUCAGAUAUGGUGCACGACCUCACCCUACAAGUCAUUAACCUGCAGAUGCAGCUGGACAACGUGUCGGCCUCCAUUGAUGAGCAUGAGGAGAACAUGCAUGACCACCAGUACCAUGCCAAGUACUAUGAAAACAGGACAGGGGAGAGAUUCGUGACACUGGAUGCGAGGAUGAACUCCAUUGAAAUGGAGAUUGACACCAUUGCCACCAGCAUUAACGCGACAGUCAGCCACGUUCAGAGUAUGUACAAGUACAUCAACAUGGAGAGCACAUCAUGCCAGUCCAAGCUGGGCAGGAACACUGACGAUUUGCAGAACUUAAACAACACUGUUUUGCUUCUACUAAACCUCGCUGGUUCCUUAAGGACGCAGAAUAUGCUGAUGAGUAUGCGUCUUGACGUUGAUAUGAGGAAUAUCUCGAUGGUGAUGGAGGAAAUGAAGCUGGUGGACACAAGGCACUCACAACUGAUCCAGAAUUUUACCAUUUUGAAAGGUGCUCCUGGUCGACCUGGUCCAAAGGGGAACAGAGGUGAAACAGGUACAACAGGACCUCCUGGGAAUUUAGGAAUAAAGGGAGACAAGGGACUUCAAGGUGUCCCUGGACCUUCUGGCCCCAAAGGUUCGUUGGGCCCUAAAGGUGAUCAAGGAGAACCUGGAUCUAUUGGAGCCCGGGGAAAUGCAGGACCGAAAGGUGCCAAAGGGUCUUUAGGACAACCAGGACCUCGUGGUGAAAAGGGACAGAAGGGCGACAUGGGAGUUGCAGGGAAGGAUGGAUUACAAGGACCUAAAGGGCCAACAGGAAUCCAAGGACAAGCUGGGCUUCCUGGAGUUCAUGGGAUUCCUGGACCUAGAGGAAAACCUGGUCCUGUUGGCCCACCUGGCCCACGUGGACCUCCUGGACCUCCAGGAAACAGCACUUCAGCAUGAGAAAACUUAAUAUAUCUCACUGUUCUUAAAGUCAGACUCAUUUGACUGAUGCCUCAUGAACUGCCCUGUUGGAAACAAUGGCAUUGAAUGUGGAUUGAAGAAGUCAAAUGUCAGCUCAUCUGCAGCAUAAAUCAGACGUGUGGGAUUCACCACAGACUCCAGUAUGUGCCUUAAAACUGAAUAAUCAUAAAAAAAAACACUUCAAUAAACACUCCAUACACUUCACUGAGCGUUAUCAUAGAUGCCUUGCAUGAAAACACAUACCCUCUUGGUAGAAAAGCAAUAGUACCCCACUCUAUCCUGAAUGUAUAUUCCUCAGGCUUAAAUCUACGCACAUAUACCCAACAUCUUGCUCUUGCACUGUAAUAAUGAUUGAACAUGCAGGAAAUGUUGCAGUACAGUGUCUUAAUCUUUUUAUAAUCCAUUGUACAUUCAAAUGAUUAGGCAUGAUUAUGUGUCUUGAGAAACUUGAGAAUCUCAAAACAGACUGACAAUGUGCUUUCAUAUCAGAUAAACAUCAGAUUUUUAUUGUUUUCAUAAACAAUCUCCACAUUACUACAACACAUUUGAAGGCACUUUAAAGUUUCUACCUUUUUCUUUUUUAAUAAAGUCAUUAAUUUUAGAACUAGAUCUAUUUUGUAUAUGCUCCACAAACUAUCCAGAGCAGGUACUCUGAAAAAGAAAUAAAAACAUGAGAUUAAACGUUUUUUUACUCUGAA